CAAUUGAAGUCAACAUAUGUUAAGUUACCUUGGGAAGAGAUAGAGUUUUGCUUAAUUAGUUUCGUAUCCGCACACGUGAAACAACAAGAACUGAAUUUCUAUUAUCGAGUCGUAUUAAACAAAAGCAGAGUGCUUGAUUAUUUGGAGAGUUUUGCAGAAGUACUUGGAAACGUAAAGGAACCCGAGAUGUUCACUCAUCUCCUAAAAGGGGCACGGCCGGAAAUUGUUGCAAAAGUAAUCGAUAAUUAUCCUCAAUUCAAAGAAUUGUACACCGACUAUCAACAAAUUAGAGACAUCUACUCUUUACAAAAAAUGAAGGAUUAUUUACAGCUGGCCUCAUCGAUUGAUCCAAACGAGCAACAGAGACAAAUGAUGAUUACAAGAAUUUUACAAGUCGUCGGGGAAUAUUUAAAUAAUUCUUUGGAAUUUCCAAAGUUAUCCGAUUCUACAAGGGAAGACCUGCUACAGUGGUUACCUGAAAACACGAAGAAAGUCGUUACGGAUCUGUGUAACUUACUGUCAAAUGCUCGCUCACUUGCGAGAAGAACAGAAAUCGAAAAAAAUACGGAUGUUAAAUCUUUUAUUUGUCUUCAAAAUGAUAUUAAGAAGAUUGGCGAUAAAGUCAGUACUAUGCUUUAUAAGGAGAAAAUGAAAGUCAUCGAGACAGUAUAUGAAAAUAUUGAGAACAGUGAGUCCUUGGAUGAAAUUGCAGAAGCAUUCGUUAAUGCUGAUACUGAGUUAGAUAUAAUCAAAAAAGAGUUCCAGAUAACGGAGAUCGAUGAGCUUGUGGUCCUUAUUGAAGAAUUAAAUAAGAGCAUAACUGAAAUGACUGAAGACCAGCAAAGGAAAAUCGAUGAACUCCAGUGUAUAAUCAAUAAUUGGAAAAAUAAAUGGAAAGAGAUGAAAAAUAAUUACGUGAAGAGAUUUGUUAUGGUAGGAAACCUAAUGCGAACUUUUUAUAUCACUGACAAAGACAGUAAUACUGUUAGUAAAACGAAAUCAUAUGCUAAGAAAUUGUACAAGAUACCGACUAAUACACGCAAACUGCGAGGUAUAUAG